CGUUGCUGCCAAGGGACUUUGACUCUUCAUCUCACUCUUCCCCAGACCUUAUCAGUCACUUCAACGACUUGCCUUCACCAUUCACCUUCACGUUCCUUUUUCAUCCUCUUUUCUCAUAUUUCUGUAUUCGAUCACCAAUCCUCAUUCCCUGGACCCGGUAAACUGUAUUCCUACUUCACGGGUGCUACCAUUGCUGCUUUCUGGAUAUACUUGACGUUCCACUCCUUGGGUCUGAUUGCUGUGGAUCUUCAGGCUUUCCACCUUCCUACACACUUGUCCUAGUCAUAUUCCUUCUCUGCACUGCCCCAUCGUCCUGGUUCAUUUGGCGCAUCCAACACCACUUUUCAGCCUCUUUUGGAUAUAAGCAUAUGGUUGCAUCACAGUGUCCCACUCCCUAAGCCGGGAAGACCACAUAUCAACUUGGACUGAACGACGCUAACCAUCAUCAAUACUUCACAUUCAUGCAUCCGUCGCUUCACAAUGGUUUUGGUCGAUACUCGGGGGACGAUAGAUUCAAGUUCCGCCCAGGAUCAACAUCUCCAGGAUGGAGACGUGUCCCCAGAUCAAGAGCCUCCAACCACGGUCGAUGACCCUACUUCUUCCCAUUCUGUUUCCCGUUUGGACACGAAUACCAUCUGGGAUGAUGGCGUCAUUGGCAUCAGCAUCAGUCGACAGCAGACUCAUAUGAGGUCGCCAGAAACCCCGAUCGCUGAAAAAGCCCGGGCUCUAAAUCUAGCCCCGGAGUAUCUACAGUCCAUUGACUCGGUCGUUGAAGUAGACGGUGACGAUGGACACGACGAGUCUGAUCCAGUCUUGCAAAUUCUGCAGUCUCCAUCAGAGGAACCAGGCGUCCUCCCAGACGCACACCAUGUGCCUCUGUCUCAGAAAACCAAUUCAGACUUGCCACUCGAUGCAUCAGUUGAACGAAUGGACCCUGAGAGAGAAGCUGGAACUGUUGAUGACACCGGGGUCUCAUCCUCAUCGCAACCUCAACCUCCGACACCCUGGCGGUCUGAUGCUGUUGUUGAGGGGCAAUCGUCGGCUCAGUACCUUCCCACAAACAUUCGUCAAUCAUUGACGCGCUCGUUCCUGGGAAAUGCUGGUGAAGGGGGCAGGCGUCGUGCCUCGUCAGGGCCAACUGCCAUCUUCAACAAUCUACGAAAACUUCUCCCCGACAUUCCCUCGCCUUCAAUCAACCGGAGUUCUCUCUCCAUCGCGUUGUCGAGCACCAGAAAGCCGGGGUCAGAUCCGACUACGGCUGCCACGACACCACCUGAGAGGAAUCGACCUUGGUGGUCCAUCAAAGACGCAUCCGAGCGAGAUCCACUAGAUACAAAACACGCAAAAGUUCUUCCCGAACAUCCGAGCUCUCCCCUGUUGCGUCAGUUGGAUGGGAAUGUCGAGUCGUUGCUAGAGCCAAAAAGUCCCCAAUCAAUCAGAAGCCUUGUUCGCUCCAACUCUGAAGGUUCCUUAUACAUUGGGAGGCGAAUAUCAGGUGUUUCAGCUUACGACGAUACCACUGCCUUUGCCGAUGUCUCCGAGAUGGUCAAUUCACGGUUCAAAGCAAUAACAGACAGCCUUCAAAAUUCUACUCUAAAGCUCCCCAAGAUGCCGACUAUGCGCCCCUCUCCAAAACGCCACCUGACCCCUGAGCAGGCACAACACUAUUCCUAUACCACCCUGAAGAACUUGCGGCUAUCAAAUAAGGCCAUUGAUGUCGAAACCCCCCAACAGAGGGCACACCCCAAGCUGGCGCACGCUCUGUCUAAACUGACUGGGGAUGUGGUCAUCUUGGGUGGAUAUCGAGGUUCGGUCCUGAGGUCUGCGAAACCACCUCACCGACAACUGUGGGUCCCCAUCAAAGUUGGCUUGAACCUACGCAAGGUUGAUCUCGAAGUCGGCUUAUCGCGAGAAGAUGAGGAAAACAUGGAGCAAACCAUUAUUCCCUCGGGAAUUUUGUCUCACAUUGGACCUAUUGAUAUUUGCAGACGAUUGUUGAAACAUCUAGAAAAGUGCCCCAACACCCGACAAAACAAACUCAGAGUGCACAAUUGGGGCUAUGACUGGCGAUUGAGUCCAGAUCUCUUGAGCAAGAGAUUGAUUACCUUCUUGGAAGGUCUGGAAUGCAACCGUGCCGACACACCCCGUCACCAACGAGGCGCGACUAUCAUCGCUCAUAGUCUUGGAGGCUUGAUUACAAGACAUGCCGUGAACCAAAGACCUGAUUUAUUUGCGGGUGUGGUUUAUGCAGGCACUCCACAGAACUGCGUCAACAUUCUCGGACCAAUGCGCAAUGGUGAUGAUGUUCUGCUCAGCUCUCGAGUCUUGACGGCUCAAGUCAACUUCACCAUCAGGACCAGCUUUGCUUUGCUACCUGACGAUGGCCAUUGUUUCAUCCAGAAGCAUACGAACGAAAAGUACCCAUUGGACUUUUUUGACCCACGAGUUUGGGAAGAGUAUCAUUUGUCUCCUUGCAUCAAGGCUCCUCUCUGUCGGAAUUCCAGUAAUGGCGAUCGCCGAAAGAGCUUGAUCGGACAAUUAUCUGACAGUCUCCCCUCUCGACCUUCGUGGCUCAAUGGACAGAUUUCUCAACCUAACGACUCCAAACCUGCAGUCGAAGGUCAGGGGUCGGUUCAAUCCGCGCAAAACGCGUUGAACGAGAAUGCAGAGGAAAUGGUUGGCCCGUCAUUGAAAUCGGCACAGAACAGCAAACCGAAUAUAGCAACCACGGUGACGAUUCCGAACGAGGCCGCCAAAGAAUAUCUGGCCAGAGUAUUGGCAGAAAUCAAGGCUUUCCGACAGCAGCUGAAAUUCAUCCCAAGCCACCAAGAAGACAAUCUAUACCCUCCACAUGGCUUUAUAUUUGGAAAGACAGUACCAACGGUGCACAGCGCACGGGUAGCAGACAUGGAAUCAAUCAAGUACGAUGAUGCAUUUGACGAUUUGGCAUUCGCAGCAGGCGACGGAGUCGUGCUCGCGAGCGCCGCGCAGUUGCCCGCGGGUUACAGAUGUGUCAAAGGUGGCAGGCAUGAAAGUGACCGAGGACACGUUGGACUAUUGGGUGAUUUGGAAACUGUGGGCGCAUGUCUGGAAGCCGUCAUUGACGCAAGACAAAAAGGUGUUGGGUUGGGCAAAAGCUUUUCUGCUGCAGGCAAUGAAUGAUCCAUUGGAUACUGUAAUCAUUGCAAGGCACGAGGGAGAGAGAGGCGAUGGUGGAGUAUCCUCACCUGUUCAAAACAACCUGUAACUGUAUGAAAUCACUAUAAAUAUAAGGUGUGGCCAG